CUCAGUAAAGGGUAUGGCUUUGUGGAAUUUGUGAGUUCAGAGAGUGCAGCAGAUGUAACUAACAAACAAAGUCACACUUUAGAAGGUUUAAAUUUAACCAUCCAACCUCAAAAUUAAGAUAUUAGAGUAGAAAAUUUAGUAUGGCAGAAGCACUACCUGAAAACAAUAGCAAUUCUGAUUUUUCUGAUGAUGAGCAGUCACCCUUAGAUACAUCCUUUACUAAAGCAACUGAUCAUGUGAGAAAACUAACUUCAAAACUUGACAAUAAUCAGUUGUUAGAACUUUAUGGAUUAUUCAAACAAGCCACUGAAGGUGAAUGCAAUACACAGAAGCCUGGUUGGUUUGAUACCAAAGGAAGGAAGAAAUGGGAAGCAUGGAAGUCAUUUGGAGAUCUAUCUAGUGAACUUGCCAAACAAAAGUAUAUUGACCUUGUAAAGAAAUAUGAACCUAGCCUUGAAUUAGAUGAGAGUGGCCCAAAACAAGCAUGGGUUGCAGUUUCUUCAUUGCAACAACACCCUGAACCUGAAUUGGUACACAACCAACUGUCAUUACUUGAAGCAGCACGUGAAAAUUUGGUAUUUCUUAUAAUAGAACUGCUUGAAAAAAAUCCUGAUUUGAAGUAUGAAAAGGAUGAAGAUGGCCUCACAGCUCUUCACUGGGCUGCAGAUCGCGAUGCUGUGGACGCACUUGAAGCAUUAAUUAAAAGUGGUUGUGACAUAAAUGCAAUUGAUAAUUCAGGGCAGACAGCGUUACAUUAUGCAGCAUCCUGUGGUCACGUUAACUCCUCCAAACUCUUGGUUAAAGCUGGGGCUUCACUGUUUGAAGACAAUGAUGGAUGUACUCCAUUAGAUGUUGCUGCAGAUAAUGAUAUAAGGAAAAUUCUAAAUACUGCUGACUAAAUUUUAUAAAAUAAUUAAGUUGUAGAUAGUUUGUAAUCAAUAAAAGAUAAACUUAUUAUGAA